CACAUCAAAGUCAUUUCGGUCAACUAACGCUAUGUCAGCAUAUGAAAUGAUGGAUGGGAAACAAGCGUAAUAGGAAUAGAGUUCGAAAAAAGCUCAGAAGUUUCAAAACUGUUAGAAAUUCAUAAUAUUUUACCGUCGUAAUAAAAAGAUAAUUAUCAAAUAUUUUGAAACCCUUGUUAAGAAUUUACUUUAGACUCAGAACUAUUUUUAUAAUGCCUCGCGGUAAAACAAAAUCUUUGGCUGUUACGACGACAGAAACCAAUAAAGCUGUAAGUUCCGCGAAGGAACAAGAGAUAGCCAGGAGAACAAAAGAACACGAUCCGCUGGAUAAUAAUGGCUUCAGUCUCCCAGACCUGAGCAAGUUCAAAUUUGAAAAGAAACCACACAUUAAGAUAGAAUUUGAAAAAGCAUCACCUGAAAAACAAGGUCCUAAAGGGUUAUGGGAGCCAGCAAAUUGGGAAGAGUUCAUGGUGAACCUGAGAAUUAUGAGGUCUAAUAAAGAUGCACCUGUUGACUCCAUGGGCUGCCACAUGAACAUGGAUGCCACUGCGGCACCAGAGGUCUAUAGAUAUCAAAGUCUGAUUUCAUUGAUGCUCUCCAGCCAGACGAAAGACCAGGUCACAUUCGCAGCUAUGGAGCGGCUGAGGGCUAGAGGUCUAACCAUAGACAACAUUCUGAAAAUGAGUGAUGAAGAGCUUGGCCAGUUGAUUUACCCUGUGGGAUUUUGGAAGACUAAAGUGAAGUACAUAAAGAAGACAACACAAACAUUGAAGGAGCAGUACAACGGAGACAUACCAGACUCCGUGGAGAAGCUGUGCAAACUCACCGGUGUGGGCCCCAAAAUGGCUCAUAUCUGCAUGCAGGUUGCUUGGAAUAAAGUUACUGGCAUAGGUGUUGACACUCAUGUCCACAGGAUCAGCAAUAGGAUUGGAUGGGUGAAAAAACCUACAGCAACGCCAGAAGAUACAAGGAAAGCCUUAGAAUCCUGGUUACCAGUAGACCUUUGGAGUGAAGUCAACCAUCUUAUGGUUGGCUUUGGACAAACCAUAUGCACACCAAUAAGUCCUUUUUGCAAUGAAUGUCUUAACAGAGACAUUUGCCCUUCAAGCGGUAAGGGUAGGAAAUCACCAAGUAAAAGAACUCCUAUCAAACUCGAAAUUAAGGAAGAAGUUAAUUCGGAAGAUGAAUUUGUUGAAAAUUCAAUUCAUAAAGUCCCAAUAAAAAAGACUACACCCAAAAAGGAAUCUACUCAAGUUGAUACAAAAUUAAAGGAACAUACAAAAGAAAAGAAUGAUAAAUCUCCUAAGCCAAAGAUAUCAAAGAAAGAUUUGCACAAAAAUAAUGAUGUAAAAAUGCAAAAUAUCAAAGUACCAACUAAAAGUUUGCAGCAAGGUAAAAAAUCUCCUAAACAGAAGACACCCAAAGAAGAUAAACUUGAAGGUAGACGUAGUGAAAUGCAAAAAGAAAAUGCGAUUAAAAUAGGCAAGUCUCCCACACAAAAACCGUCUAAAAAAGAAAUGGUUAAACAAGAUAAUUUUGAAGUAGAGACAGUUGAAACAGAAGAACAAAAUGUCAUAAAGGAUGGAACGUCAAUAAUUUCUAAAAAACAAAAUGAAAGUGAAAGUGUUGUACAAACAGUAAACAUUGAAAACAAAAAGAAAAAAAAUGUCCUGGAUGGUAGUAAAGAUUCAGCAUUAGAGGUAAACAAUGUGAAGAAAUCACCAUUAAAACGAAAAUCACCACGAAGCAAAGCUACCAUAGAUGAACCUAAUAAAGUUGAUAAAACAAAAGAAUCAAAGAGAAAAAAAGUUUUAGUUUAGAAAUAUGAAAUUAUAAGAUUUUGUAUUAAUUUCUUGGUGUUAAGUUUAAUUUUUGUUGUUAUUGUUAGGUACUUUUAUUAUUUUUCAUUUGAUGAUAAUCAUGUCUACCUCAUAUGAUUUUGUUA